AUGUCCGCACGCGUUAUCUUACGAAACACCAGAGGCAACCAUCGCUUUAGAGAAUGCGGCUGGAGGUCGUCGGACCACCAAGCCCCCGCUCCGAGUCCCAAGAAGAAGGCGUUGCUCAUCGGGAUCAACUACGACACUGAACCCCGCAAUGAUGCUCAAGAAUUCACCUAUCGUCCUUUCACAUUCCCUUCUAACCCUCAUAACAACGGAGAUGGGUUCAUGUAUUCUUCUAGGGAGAAUUUCAUUCCUCCUGACGUCCGUGAUGCUGUUACUGGACCCUAUCAGAUUUAUGAUACUGGGAGAAUUCAACCGAUGCUGCCGAACUCUACUGGUAUCGUGAUGCCUGCAUCCGCACGAGGGUGGAAUAUCAGUACGGUGCACAAGGACACAUGCGCAAUGGGUACUAUCCCCCCUCUGAUGUUCAUGCCACUCAUCAGCAGGCCAUUCACCAUCCUCAGUAUGAUCUUCCGGUGCUUCCCACCCAACAGCCAGUCACCCGCCCAUCUGUGA